CCGCCCCUGAAUUCGUGCACCUUCCACGCGCGUGCGUCGUGAAUCGCUGGCGCGAGAGAGGCGGCGCGCGGUGCAGUCGCGAGAUGACAGACAGCGGCAACUGACGCGACGCACCGCUAUAAACUCGGAUGCCCUACCAAACACGUCAGCGUCUCUAUUGGUGUAUUCUGCGCUUGAAUAACGGCGAACGAGUGAAAUUAAAGCGGUUUCGGAGCCAUUGUUUGCCCGUGCGGAUCACAAACUGCAUCUAUCCAUCACUAGUCGCGGGAGCGUGAGAUGACAAAGUGAAAGAACCUGGAGAUGUCUCAGAAGAAGUUCUUCCUACUGUUGAUUGCUCUCAGUACUGUCAGCUUGCUUCUGCACCAUGGGGGUCACUUGACGUUGGAGGCAUUCUGGUUGGGAUGUCCAUCCUCCAUAAUGCCCUCCACCCAGCGCAGCAUUGGACCUGCUAAACACACCAGUAUAGCCUUCUUGAAGACUCAUAAAACCGCCAGCACCACUGUGCAGAACAUCCUCUUUCGCUUUGCAGAACGCAACAACCUCACAGUGGGGCUGCCCAUCACCACCUGUGACCACCAGUUCUGCUACCCUCGGCCGUUCAGCUCCCACUUUGUUCACCCGCACACCACGCCACCUGACAUAAUCACCAACCACUUACGGUUCAGCCGGGCUGAGCUACGACGCCUCAUGCCCAACAACACCGUGUACAUCACUAUAUUGCGGGAACCGGGAGCGAUGUUUGAGUCUCUUUUUACCUACUUCAAUCAGCACUGUCAUAGCUUUAAGCGUGUCCCGAAUGGCUCUUUAGAGACUUUUCUGAAGCACCCUUGGAGAUACUAUCGUCCAGAAGAGAAUGAUUCGAUGUAUGCGAGAAAUACACUGACUUUCGACCUCGGUGGUGACAAGGACCGGCCGCAUUCGGAAGCGGUGGGGUAUGCGAAACGAUUCGCCGCGGAGUUGGAGCGGGUGUUCUCGUUGGUUAUGAUCUCGGAAUACUUUGACGAAUCAUUGGUGCUGCUGCGCCGCUUGUUGUCUUGGGAUCUCGAUGAUGUUUUGUACAUCAGUCUCAACAUGCGCACGCCUGACUCCAAGAACAGCCUUUCCAGCGAAACUACGGCCAAAAUCAGAGCCUGGAACACAAUAGAUUCGGUACUGUACGAUUACUUCAACGCUUCGCUGUGGCGGCAGCUGAGAGCAUUGGGACUCGCAUGUGUCGAGCGAGAAGUCCUGCUGUUGCGACAGUCUCGUGACCGACUUGUCCGUAGCUGCUUCGGGGGAAAUUUGCCGCCUCUUCGCUCUGCUGCACAGAUCCAAAACAAGGAAUUACGGCCUUGGCAGCCAAGCAGCAAAGUGGCAAUCGUUGGGUACGAUUUACCAGUUAACGUAACACAAAAAGGCCCCAUCCCUCGGCAAGACAAGUGUCUAAAGAUGAUAAUGCCAGAAGUGCAGUACACGCGGCUGUUGCUACGCUCAGAGUCUCUACAAUAUCGGAAGCGAUAUCCGUCACGGAGCUCCCAGCUGACUACACGAUCUGUGGGACAAGUUCGGGCGCACAGAGAGUCCCCAGCUCCGAGUUUGGUCCCACGACCAUCGGAUACGAUGACUCGGAGCCCCAAAGAAGCGCUACGCCAUUCCCAAAGACCUGUGUGAAAGGAUAGUCCUAUAAUUCCCCACUCCUUGUUCUGGACUGCAGCUAAAUAUCCAUGAGUUGUUGGAAUUACUUGAAAGCUUUUUUAUUAGAUGUGAGCACAACCAAACGCACGCUCACAACUCUUGUUCUAUAAGUUGGGAUUACCAUUGUGUUCAUAAAAUUUAAUUGUAAAAAGUUAAAGGAAAAUAUAUAUUGAAGUCUAAAAGCCUGACAUCUGGAAUGUCUCAAUCUCUCAAGGACUAUCUCCCCAUAUAUACCAUCAUCCCUCAUUGUUUGUAUAUAAGCAAUCCGCUUCAGAUAGCUACUUAAAGCUUAUCUUUUAUGGUCAUAGCUGCUCUAGAUUGUUGAUCAGCUGUAUAUUGGGUUAACCUGGUAGAUCAUCUUGGUCAAAGUUGGUUAGACCACCUUGAUAGACUCCCAGCAACAAACCAGCAUGGCAUGACCUUGAAGUUACGACAGGGUUUCAGAAGAUAUCUUUGCUCUAUUGGAUAUUUGAGUUGAGUAUUGUUAGGCUUUCUUUUAGUGACAGCGCUUCGUUUAAGUCUGAACGUUCACUCACUCAUCAGCAUAAUGACAGCUGCACCUGAGCCACAAAUUGCCAUAACCUACUCUUCAGUUAUGGUCAAAAAACCUUGCAUCAUGUGUCGAUGAUGAUCUUAUAGGAUAUUUAAAUAUUCUUUACUGUUCUACUCUUUUUGAGCAGUGCUUGGGUUACACUGCCCAUUUUUAUGAGGCCACUACUGAACAAGCCAGAGAGCUUUAGCCUUGAGUAAAAGCUGGGAAUGGCGACGAGACAAUUCGUCUACAUAGACAGUGGCCGAAAAAUCGCUAUAUGUUCUCAGCAUUUUUAGUUCGAUCCUUGUGUGUUUUUCGGGAUAAUAAUGUUUAUACUGCAGUGCACUUGAAAAUGCGUAACUUGUAUGUAAUCAAAUCAGAGUAGGAAAUCGAGCUCCAAAUUGUCAGUUUAAGGCCAACAGGCAAGUAAACUCGAUGCCUGUGUUCACAUACUGGCGUAGAGUAUGCUAACUUUUCCUUUUUGGAUCUUCGCUGUAAAGGUACUCGGUGGUGACCGACUGAAUGGUGGCCACCUUCAUAAAGAGUCGUGCCGGUGGAAUGUAAAAACAGUCCUUCGACUGUCUUUGUACUUAAGACAACACUGCAUCACUUUCAUUCAGUGUUUCUCAACUGGUUUGGUUUUGCAGAUAGAUUUUACCAUAGAGUCUGACUGGACGCAUUAAAUCAGACCCGCGACCAACCAGUUGGGAACCACUGGUUUAGGACGGUGUUUCCCAAUCCUGUACCUAUAGGCACCCCAACUCUACAUGUUUUUUGAGCUCUUCCUUAUCAAGUUCACCUAAAUCAACUCGUCAGCUAAUUAGUGGAGACUCCUUAGACCUGAAAUGGAUGGGUCAGAUAACGGAGAUGUUCAAAAUGUUGGGGCGCCUCCAGGAACAGGGUUGGGGAAAUAUUGGUUUAGGCAACCAAAUAGAAACUGAAUACCUCUGAAAGAACAGCCUCUUACAGAAGGUUGUUUCUAAUAUUGGAUUAUUUGCCAUUAACUUUUGAAUUAAGCUAAAUUUCAUUGUGGGUCAAGUCAUAAUUUUCAUCAUUCAUUUGGUAAAAUCUCACCAUCUUAUUUUACUUACUGUACUUUUUAGAAAAUUGUAUUUGGAGCAAUAUAGCAAUGGCGUGUAUGCCAUAAUGUUAAUAAGUAUACUAGAAAUGGAGGUAUAAAGAUCAAAACAUGAUGAGUCUUGAAACAAUCGUCCGCCCAUAAACCAGCUCCUGUUUUUAGGAGUCCCGGUUGAUAUUUGACGAAAUACCGUUGGUGUCUCUUGCAUAAAGUCUGGAUCUAUGAAUCCCAAAAGCCAACUUUCUCAUUUCUUCAUGUUUCAAAAUUAGAAAAUACCUCAGAAGGUAAAUUUUUUAGUGGAAGUGUCUCAGUCCUUAAUUACUGUCAAGACAUUUGCGAUGUAGAAAGUGCUCUUUGUAUAUAAUGUACUUUCUGUUGUACAUGAACAAUUGUGAGUUGUGAAACUCAAAACUCGUUCGUCUUUCUUGUUUGGGUUGGGAAACCUCUUGGUAGAUGACGCUGGAGACAAUUCAGUGGACAUUUGUCAUCUCUGACAUAUUGUAAGACAAAUUUGAAGUAAAGCAUUUACCGUACCACAAUUUCCUGUAUACAAAGAACCUGCUGUGGAAUUGCAACCGGAAGAACUUUUCAUGAAGACAUUAUGAGAGAUUUUCAUGCGUUUUUUUUGUGCUGGUUGGUGAUAAAAUCAUUCUUUCAUACUUUAUUUAUUUAAUUUAACUGCUACAGUGACUUUUUAUGGGCUUUAAAUAAGAUGACAAUCAGAGGUUUGCUUCUAAAGCUGUGUGACGAAAGAUGUGAAAACAUUGACCAUUAAAACUGAAACUGGGAAACAACA